AUGUCUUACAACCCAAAUUCCUUCCCUCCCCCACCAGGGUCUGGAUACCAGCAAUAUCCGCCGCCUCCGAGAGGAGGAGAGUAUGAGCAGUCGCACCACGGUCACGGCUCAUCCUCAUACCAGAAUACCUCUGGAGGAUACCUGCCUCCCCGCGAAGACCAGUACUCUUAUUCUCCCAAUUCUUCCGGAAUGCAGGUGACAGAGUACAAUAGCGGCCAUGGCCGCGAGCGUCGCAACUCUGGACCCCUGGCAGCCUCCCAAUAUCGUGGAAGUGGCGAUAAUUACUACGAGCAGUCAUACUACGACCGCCCGAGUUCUCGAGGAUCCAGAGGCUCAAGAAGAGAAAGAGGUUAUUCCCGGGACAGAGAAUCUUCCAGAGAUCGGUCCAGAGACCGGUCAGGGGAGCGUGGAGAGAAGAAGAGCCAUGAAAAGGGAAAAGCAGUUGGGGCAACGUUGCUUGGCGGUGCCGUUGGUGGAUGUAAGUCUCCAAACCAUUCAUGUCAGCCAAAUGCUUACCAUCCGACCUUGUAG